AUGAAGAAAUCCUCGUCACUGCGCCGUGUGCCGCGAAAAAUCGGCCACGACGAGGAUGAAGAAGAGGCGUCAGGUCCUCAGCAGCCUUCAGAGUCUGUUAUCAAACGCCCCACUACGAAACCUCGCAAGUCGACCUCAUUACGCCAGUCACUCGGACCAUCAGCUGUUGAAGAUGAAGAGGAUUCAGAGGCUGCCGUAAUCACACCGAAAAAGUCGAACGUCUCGCGAAUAGCGGUCCAGCACAAUGCAUCAAAGCGAUCUUCGUUAUUAGCCUCACAGCUGCCGACACGACAAUACGAAGACGACGAAGAACGGCCGAGUUACAGCGCAGCUUCACUGCAGGAACUUAAAGACAGCACACCCGCAACUCCACAAAAUGUCAGUUCGGCUGGUGAUACGGAGAUAGAGAAAGUAUCCUCUGGCACACAGGCACUAGACAUAUCGUCCAAGUUUGGUUCGUCACUGGCGCACUACCAGCAAUCAUCAGCGAUACCGUCAGCCACAGAGAUCGCAGAGAAAAAAGCACGCCGGGCACGACUCGCAAAAGAGCAACAAGCAGAAGAGUUCAUAUCGCUUGACCCUGACGAUCCAGAUCUGGAUGACGAUGACGAUAAUGUGAUGAAGGAUGAGCAAGGCAGACUUGUUCUCAAGCCAAAGGACAAAUAUGGUCAGCUGGAAAGUAGGCUUGUCGCCGACGAUGAAGACAUCAUGGAGAACUUUGACGAAUUUACGGAGGAUGGAAGGAUUGCGCUUGGUCGUAAAGCCGAGGCAGAGGCUGCGCGACGGAGGAAACAGGAUAUGGCUGCGCAGAUUGCGGAAGCAGAAGGCGCCUCGGAUGCAGAAUCAGACGACAGCGAGCGAGAGCGCAACGAGGCUUUCGAGAAUGCCCAGACCAAGCAUGGCACGUAUGUGCAAAACGCCACAUCCUCCGAUCCCACCGACUUAAGACCCAAAACGCCACCCAUUAUCACACCCUUGCCCACCCUCGAUGGUGCGAUUGAGCGCUUGCGUAAGCAACUUUCGGAAAUGCAAAGCUCACGCAUGCAGAAAUUGCAGGCCAUGGAGCAUCUGCAGAGGGAAAAGAUCCGGUUGGCAGAGGAAGAAGUCAGGAUACAGCGCGCGCUCAAGGAGACGGCCGAGAAAUUCGAGGCGCUCAGGAAGGAGAAGGGCAUCGAUGCGGAGAACAAGAAAGACGUGCCUGCCAUUGAAGCUCCACCUGAGCCGCCGCUCAAUGGCGAUAGCAAUGCGUCGAACAAGGAUGAGAAGCCUGAUGAAGACGAGGAUGAAGAAAUGGAAGAUGAAGACGAAGAGGAAAGUGGUGGCGGCUUCGCUGGACUGGGUUUCGGUGGCUCAAGAACAGGUCUAGGUGCAGGAUUCGGGCUUGGCUUCAAAGUAGCAGAGGAUAGCGAAGGUAGCCGUAGCUGA